AUGGAGCGCUCGCAGAGCCGCCUCAGCCUGUCCGCCUCCUUCGAGGCGCUCGCCAUCUACUUCCCGUGCAUGAACUCCUUCGACGACGAGGACGCGGAGGGGGACAGCCGGAGGCUGAAGGGGGCCAUCCAGAGGAGCACGGAGACAGGCCUGGCCGUGGAGAUGCCCAGCCGGACGCUGCGUCAGGCCAGCCACGAGUCCAUCGAGGACAGCAUGAACAGCUAUGGCUCAGAGGGCAACCUUAACUACGGGGGAGUUUGCCUGGCGUCAGACGCGCAGUUCAGUGACUUCCUCGGCAGCAUGGGGCCAGCGCAGUUCGUGGGCCGCCAGACCCUGGCCACCACGCCGAUGGGGGAUGUGGAGAUCGGCUUGCAGGAGCGGAAUGGCCAGCUCGAAGUGGACAUCAUCCAGGCUCGGGGACUGACGGCCAAGCCAGGCUCCAAGACACUGCCAGCGGCCUACAUCAAGGCCUACUUGCUGGAGAAUGGCGUCUGCAUUGCCAAGAAGAAGACCAAAGUUGCUCGCAAGUCGCUGGACCCGCUGUAUAACCAGGUGCUGCUGUUUCCUGAGAGUCCCCAGGGCAAAGUCCUGCAGGUGAUCGUGUGGGGGAACUAUGGGCGCAUGGAGCGGAAGCAGUUCAUGGGUGUGGCCCGAGUGCUACUGGAGGAGCUGGACUUGACCACCCUGGCCGUGGGCUGGUACAAGCUCUUCCCCACCUCCUCCAUGGUGGACCCAGCCGCGGGCCCUCUGCUGCGGCAGGCGUCCCAGCUGUCCCUCGAGAGCACCGUGGGGCCCUGUGGCGAGCGAUCUUAGGGCCGGGGUGGGGAGGGGCUCCCCGAGAAGGCCUGGAAACGCCCAGCCCCAACCUGGGACCCCAGGCCCAGGGGCACAUUGAACAGAGGAGGAUGGGGUUCUCCCCCACGGUGGGGAAGCAGAACGGGGAGACCUGACCCCCAGGGCCCCUCCUCACCCCCUCUUUGCCUCCUACCCCCUAUGACCUCCCCUCUCCCAACGGGAUUGGCUGCACUUUUGACUUGGCCGGUUCUUGACCUGGUGGAUGUGGCUGCAAUCCGGAGAAAGGAAAGACUGAGGCGGCAGAGCACACCAUCCUCCUGUCCCAGACCCUGUCCGACUGCUCCCCCUUUUUGCCUCCUCGGAAGCUCGCUGCCCGGAGCCAAGUCCAGAACCCAGCGGCCAUCUCCAUGGUGCCAAUUACCAGCAAGUGUCUUUCCUGCGGCACCGGGUUCAGGCAGCUACUCCUGCCCCAGAGUCGAUGGGGCAGCUUUGCAAGGAUCCGGAGCCAGCUCCGGGGGGUCCAGAGCCUCCCGCUUGAAGAGGAGCUCAGCCUCCCUCCGCCUGCCCGUGGAAGGAGCUUUGCCGCAGCCUGUCCGAGUCCAUCUGUCUGUCCCUUCCUGCUUGCCCCUCUUCCGGUGGCUCUAAGAAUUGGGGUCCAGCAGGGGCCAAAGGAAAGGAGGCGGUGCCCUGGGCCUGGCACUGAUUCCCAGGGUGCCUCGCUCCGUGGGAUUGCAACAAGCUAGUUUGGAAACGGUGGACUGGAAAGAACUGGGUCAUCUGUGUUUUGGUGAAGGAGCUGCAGGACCCUGAUUUUCGAGAACCCCAAGUCCAGGGAGCUCACCGUCUCUGAAUUUGGGGGCGCUGGAUUGGAGAGGGAGUCUAAGGAAAGUGGGAGCUGGGACCAGCGGUGCCAAGGCGAGGGUUUCCCACGUAGGAGGAUCCCUCCUCGUUGGGUGAGUUCAAAGGUCUUCUUGUCUACCCCUCUGCCUCCAGGCUAGGGGUCUGGGGAGGCAACGGAGCUUCCCUAUUUUAGUCUUUUUAAACACACCACCCUGUACUAAGGGCGGAACCCACUGCCCCUGCCUCAACUACCUUGGCUCAUGAGUGUAAGAAUCCGGAGAUUCCUUCUCACGCAAGCCUGGGUAGCUGCCUCCCUGGCCCGGCCCUCCCUGAGGCCCACGGAAGCCCUUUUGCAUGCUGGGAGGACACAGGCUGGUCCCUCUUUAGAGA